UGCCGUUUCCUGGCAAAAAUGGCAACUAGUGAUGCUGUUCUGAAGAGACUGGAACAGAAAGGGGCAGAAGCAGAUCAAAUUAUUGAGUAUCUUAAGCAGCAAGUUGCUCUUCUUAAGGAGAAAGCAAGAGAAAAAAAAGAGAAAAAACAGCAGCAGUCAGUAGCAGGAAGUACUGAUUCCAAGCCAGUAGAUGUUUCUCGUCUGGAUCUUCGAAUUGGUUGUAUCAUCACUGCCAAAAAACAUCCUGAUGCAGAUUCUUUGUAUGUUGAAGAAGUAGAUGUUGGAGAAACAGCUCCAAGAACAGUUGUCAGUGGUCUGGUGAAUCAUGUUCCUCUUGAACAGAUGCAAAAUCGGAUGGUGAUUUUGCUUUGUAACCUGAAACCUGCAAAGAUGAGAGGAGUGUUAUCUCAAGCAAUGGUGAUGUGUGCUAGUUCACCAGAGAAGGUGGAAAUCUUGGCUCCCCCUGAUGGGUCUGUUCCUGGAGACAGAAUUACUUUUGAUACUUUUCCUGGAGAACCUGAUAAGGAGCUGAAUCCUAAGAAGAAAAUCUGGGAACAAAUCCAGCCUGACCUUUACACUAAUACUGAGUGUGUGGCUACUUACAAAGGUGUCCCCUUUGAGGUGAAAGGAAAGGGAGUGUGCAGAGCUCAAACUAUGUGCAACAGUGGAAUAAAAUAA